AUGGAGACCCAGAAUCAUCCAGAUGUGAUCCACACUGUAGGCCCGGUGGCCAGAGGUCAUGUGGGCCCCAGCGAGACCAGCGACCUCACCGCCUGCUACCAGAACUCCCUCAGGCUGAUGAAGGAGCACGGACUGAGCACUAUGGCCUUCCCGUGUAUAUCCACUGGCAUCUAUGGUUUUCCCAAUGAGCCUGCAGCCGACAUAGCCCUGGACACAGUCAAGGCCUGGAUCGAACAGAAUCUUGAUAAGAUCACACGAGUCGUAUUCUGCGUCUUCCUGGAGACAGAUUUCAACAUCUACAAAAAGAAAAUGGCGGAUGUUUUUCAAGACAACGACACGGAUGUUCCCAAGAAGCAGCCUAAGGACGACGCCACGCCACCUUCGCCCACUUCCACAUCCAAGGAGGAGGAUGAAGAAGCCAACAGGGGUGCUGAUGAAGCUGGCGAUGAAGAGGAGGCGACCAAUGAUGCUGAAGCCAACGCUGACGUGGAUAUGUUGAGCCAAACCCAAGCAGAUGAAGAAAUGGCCGUUGAUGAACCAAAGCCAGAGGAAAAUAAGGAAGAUGAAGUGAAGCAAGGCAAAGGCAAAGAUACAAAUCCUGGAAAUGGAAAAGAUGAAGACGCAGACACUGCUGAAAGCCAAGAGAAAGCUAAGGACGAGGAGACUGAAGCAAAAACAGAGCAGGAGGCUGAGGACGUGGAGAUGAACACACAGACGUUUACUGUAGACGAGGAAGAUGUUUCCAACAUCAAUGAAACCGGCACCAGCAACACAGACACACAGGCAGAAGUUAAGACUGAGCCAGAUUUGAAUGCUCCUGACAACUCGCAGUCCAAAGACGCUGACCGUGAGAAGAAGGAUUGA